GCGCCAUAAAGGGGGUCCUUCAAGCUCAAUGUCGCGUGUAGAUUAUGUCACCGGCGGCUAAUCCGUAAUCAGGUUCGAGAAAGUGUCGAAGGUUACGAGGAUCAUCUCUGCUGGUUUGGAGGACCACCACCCUGCUGUUACACUGACUGAGUUUGCGAGCUCUCCAUGCGCUGCUUCAUAGAGGUUCGGACCUGACGAUGGCUCGUCCUCCCCCGGACCCUGUGUUUACUCUGAGGGGUUCGGCUGCCUCUGUUAACACGCUCCACUUUCACUGCACCGAGGCGGGACUUCCUCGGCUGUACUCAGGAUCAGGAAAAGGUUUAGUCCACGUGUGGAACCUGAACACCAGACGAGCCGAGACGGUUUUAGACGGCCAUGCCGGAGCUUCUGUCAUCUGGCUCAGCACUGUUCGCUCCACCAACACCUUGCUCAGUCAUGGUCGUGAUAUGCAAGUGUGCGUGUGGGAUAUGCACGAGGGUCGGCGCUCCAUAAUGCAUUCGUUGCACACAGGAAGCGUGGGGUUCUGCCAGUGUUCUCUCCUGGAGGGUGAUGGAAGUAGAACUCUGAUUGCACUUCCAGCAGAAAAGAUGGAGGAGAUAAAGGUGAUGGAGUUGGAGAGCCAGACGCUGACCUGCUCUUUAAUCCCGGACGAUAAACACGGCAUGCUGAUGUGCAUGAAGAUGUGGAAGUCAGAUUCUGUUCCCCUGCUGUGUGCCGGUUAUGAAGACGGUACUCUAGUGAUUUGGGACGUCUCCUAUAGGCGUCCCGUCAGCUGCCUGAAGCUCCAUCCCGAACCUGUCAUGUGCCUGGACUUCGACGUCAGCAGGCAAAAAGGCAUCUCCGGUUCCUCGGACAAGAACCUCUGCUCCUGGAUACUCGACGGCCAGCAAAACCUCCAGAUUCAGGACUCUGUGCCGUUGACCAAUCCUGGAGUGUCCCAUCUACGUAUCCGUGGUGAUGGGAAGAUUGUAGCGGCGGGCGGCUGGGACGGAAACGUACGGAUUUUCAGCUGGAAGAAGAUGAAGCCACUCGCUGUCCUGCAGCACCACAAAGAUUUGGUUCACAGUGUGGCCUUCUCCAACCAUCCGGAACCUUCAAAACGUCUCUUGGCUGCAGGUUCAAAGGAUCAGCGCAUCAGUCUUUGGUCUAUUUACACAGAGAGCUGAAUUAACCUUUUUUCACUUCCUAGGGCACAAACUGCGAGUGUACAAAUAUCGAGGUUACAGUGCAGCAUUUCAGCAAUUUUCCCCCUGUCUUGAAAGGUUCUUGCUAACUUGCACCGCAUUACAAGAAAAGUGGGUUUUGAUCAGGCUUAAAAGUUUGAGCUUGGCACACAGAUCCACACAAAGCUCCAUGAUGAAUGUUAUGACUGGGUUUCUGGUGCAGCCCUGUACUUCCAGCCAGAAGGAUGAACAAUCAAUAAUAAUCAAUUAAAUAACUGAGACGUGAAUGGAGUGAGUCUUUAAGAAUGCUCUCAGAAAACUCGGAGACCAUAUGCCUAUUAAUUCGAGCCAUGUGUUCCAGCAUGGCUCCCAUUUCUUUGUGUUUAUCUGAGGCUAUUGAAGUUAACACAAGUCUCCAUCUGCUCUGCGCUCCAGGCCUGAUUUAAAUCCCAGAACACAGUGACUGAGCAUCAUUCACCAAACACCAUCAAACCCAAAUGUUGGGUUGGUCUCGUCAUACAGUACCUGUGUAUGAAUGUUGGGAAGUGUCUAGAAUGUUCUUUGCCAUUCACACGGGUUCAUUAAGCUCGGCAGCCCUUUUGCUUGAACGUAAGCCAAGCCGAAUGACAUCCGAGUGGUGUGUAGUGGAAAAUGUUAGCAUUUAUUAAAGAAUGUCAGGAGCUAGCAUACAGCUUUACUGCUGAAACACUUCUACAUCAAGUGGCGUCCUGAAAUGAACAAUCUCUUGUCAGGUCCAUUCAUUAGUUGUCUUUACCGAGCUUAAAGCCCAAAAGGUCAAACGUUUUGUUUCAAUUCAUCAAGCAUGGCCAACUUAAUUCCACACAAACACGAACCGGUCGUGUUUUAAUCCGUUACAUUGUCAGCCGCGAAGCUGAACCGUUUUCCGUCGACACUGUUUGCUUUCCUGCUUCCAUAGAUUUGUAUUUGCGCUCUCGAGUCGCACCUGAGCGGCUGCGCAUAAUUCACGGCUUGUUUUCUUAGAAACCAGUGGCGAGCUUAAACGCUGCCCUGUGGACUGACCCUGCCUGCAUUCAUCACACGAGUUAAUCAGUAGCGCAUGGACAGGCCUGUUUGUUAGCAAGAUUCAUUGGGCCUGCUUAGCCAAGAAAAAAAAUCUGUUGAAGUGGGCAAAUGAAUUGCGACACUGAUUGUGUUAUUGUGUUUUAUUACGCUGAAAUCCAGUGAGAGUGUGUUAAAUUAAUCACAUGCUUUUCUUUUUUUUUUUUUAAUAAAUGACUUUUGUUUUUACUGGGGUGCGUGCUGUUGUUCCACAAAAUCCACUAAGGCUGUAUGUGGGAUAUAGCUAUGACUCCUUCAUGAACACACUCUCAGAAGUAAUGGGACCCUUUUCAUUGUCGCUUGGGUGGUACCUUUAUCAAGGAUAUUUAAUUAGUUUUUAAUUAAAGCUUUAUUGGUAUAUUAGUGGAGCAAUUAUAUACCUUAACUUAUUUCUAAAGGUAAAGGUACAACCCCACUGAGAGUGUGGUACCUUUAUUUCUAAGAGUGUAUGGAACGCCUAAGCAUUUUUUCCAGCUAUUUUCCGCCACAAAAUAUUCCUAUGACGAUUUUGAUUGAUUGAUUGAUUUAAAAAAAUAAAAUAAAAUAAAAUCUCUUAUUAUUCUCAUUUACAUGCAAUUGUAAUUAUAACUUCACACGAUAUCACUUAAGUAACAAUAACUUUAAUAGUAAGUUCAAGUUCAAGUGUUUUUAAAAAAAAAAAAAAAAACCCUCACGCGAGGAUUCACGCGCAUCUUCCCUCAGAUGAGGUGGCGGGAAAACAUCAGAACGUCGUCGCGCGCGGUUUGGAAUAUCCCAUCAGACUGUACCGGAAGAAAAGGGGGGGUGGGGGGAUUCUUUAGAGGGAAAAAUAACAGCGGGCGAGUCGCCGGCCGGAGGAAGGUGGAAGACAAAACCACUUCAAUUCACUGUGGACCUUCAUUAAGUCGGUCCUUGUCAUCUCUGGAUAUCCUUUCGAAGUUUUGUCCGUGACCUAUGGCCGCGACCACCCCCCGAAAUGAUAAUGGCUUCCUACCUCCAUCUCCUGUAGACUAUGAAUUCGGCCAACAAAGCCUUCCGCUAGCUGUAAUAAAUCAACUCACCAGUGCUCAUGCGCAUGCGCGAAACUCUUUAAACAUGUACUUUAUUGGUUUUAUACUACAAUAUUUACUUUUGUCUGAUGAUAAGCUUAUAAAUGUAAUGUAUUACCAGAAGCAAAUAUCUAGUCCAUGUAAACUGGUUUUCAUAAGGAAAGUUUUUGUAGUUUAUUAAAAAUGAAAAUCAUCAUGAAUUACGAACAAAUAUUAUUUUAUAUUGUAAUCAUUGACAAAUUACUGGUUUAAAUAAACUAGAUUAGAAAUCUCAGCCAUUUAAAAAAAAACAAGCUACACAAUGACAAUCUAAACUUAAAUAUAUUUAACAAUAAUAUUUUUUUUUCUGGUAAUAUAAUCAGUAAAAUAGAAAUUCCAAUCCCUGACAAAAUGUUUUGGAAUGUUGGUCUUAGAAAUAAUAAAUAAAUUGAUUAAUUUACUACUACUAAUAAUAAUAAUAAGUGGAAAUAAAAAGGAAAAAAUAAACGUCUACGAGAUGUUUUCAUGUUUUAUUCCUUAAAUCUUUUAAGGUACCUUAAGAUACAAAACAUGUUUUCCUUAACCAUACACCCCAUCCCAGCGACAAGGAAAAGUCUUUGUCUGUGAGUAAAAGCCUGUAUCGAAAUAGCGGAUAAUUAUUGCUCGCGUUUUAUUUUGACACAUUAAUAAGUGCCUUUUAGCAGUUUAGUCAUUCAAGAAGUCAAUAAAUGCCUCCGACAACAAGUACCUGCCUUGCACAGUGCUAACACUUCAACUCCUGAGGUCACUCAGGUCACUCCUCAAUUGUCCUCCUACUUCAGCAAGCUGCCAUUAGCCGUUAAGGACAAACUGAGUAUUGUGUGUUAAAGGUUGCAGUCAGACAGCCCAGGGCUGCUCAGGGUUAGACAGAUGGAAAAGAUGAGCACUUUUCAUGACCCCCAAAAGCUAAUUUUAGACCUUUAGAAAUCUCUACUUGUGUCUCGACGAAACUGAGAGAUUUACAUAAAAUAAUAAUGUCUUAACUCAUUUGAAAAGAACUAUUCUGCUCUCCUCUCAUCUUCAUCGCCGUCGCCUGGUGUGCUGAUGUGUUAUUACGUGUUAUGACCUGUCAUGUUCGAGACAAAAUAUCCGUCAGCGAUGGCUAAUGUGGCGUAAAAUCUGAGAGAAAUACGGAAAAAUGGGAUUCAAAAAGCCUUUAGUCUGUGGAACUCCUGACUAUGUGAAGCUAAAUGUUUAAAACGAUCUGUUUUAGGGCGUGUUUAAUUCUGUCUGAAAGAAUAAUAAUAAUAAUAAUAAUAACAACAACAACAGCAAUAAUAAUAAAUAUAAUAUAACUUUAGAUUAAACAAACAAAAUUGUUUACAAGCUAAACAGCGUUAUGUUUUAUUCCACGGUCACGACAUUUAUUUACUAAUUCUCCAAAAUCUAAAAUCACAAAUCGUUGAUCUUUGAACUGUAUAAAGUGAAGCGGGAGCCUUAGAUACUUUUAGUGAAUGAAUAAAUUGAGAAACAAACUUUUCCUUUUCUGUUAAAUAUCUCCUAUCAGAUAUCAGAUAGAGUCAGUAUUGAUAAAUUGUGCCGUUUGUAUUUUUAUUACACUUUGGUAGAUCUAACCAUAUUAACUGACGUCAUUUGCUUCAAUUUGACAGCGUUAUAAAAACAGCCGAGAUACGAGAAAGGUUUUUAUUGUCUUUAAAUAAAUAUAUUUUAUUUUUUUAUUUUUUUUAUUAUUAAUAAAGAUCUAGUUUUUAAGCGUUCUUUAGUGAUCUCGAAGAGUCGACAUAAUGCCACUGAAUAUCAUAGUUUUAUUGCAGUUAUUGCUACAGCGUUAGGUAUUAUU